CCAGGGGAUUAAGGAAAAUUGUGUGAAAUAAAAAGCGAGUGAUCACGAGUGACUCUGUUCGUGUCUGUUUCUGUUGGGAGGGAGGGCGAGAGAGAGAGAGAGAGAGAGAGAGAGAGAGAGAGAGAGAGCGAGAGCAUAGAUUUUCAUCCAAAUCCAUAUCUAUUUUUUAAUCCUCGUCUGCCACUGUAUUGUAAAACGCUGGUUGUAGCCAACGAGAGGAGUUCACAAUGCAACGCUUUUCGUAAUCUUUGCGCAAUCUUCACCUCGCAUCCUUACACCCUCUAAGUGCGCAUUUGUUUUAAACUUCAUUUUCCCUCUGACUCUCGGACAGCAUCAUGACCGGUUUGUGGGAACGCAUCCCGUUGGAAUGGUGGGAAUUACGCGGCGAGGUCCCGGAGAGCAUGUAGACGCAAAUGGAGUUUGGGAUUUAUUACAAAAUAUGGGAAAGAUGACCGUCUUGUCUUUGUGUUUUUUCCUGUGCGCUGAUCUACUGCAAGUAGCUGUUGGGUAUUUGACCGUAACAAUAGAGCCAUUGCUUCCUGUUGUUGUGGGGGAGACAGUGACUUUAAAGUGCAACUUUAAGACAGAUGGAAGAUUGCGAGAGAUCGUUUGGUACAAGGCUGUGAUUCGAGCAUAUGCAGGAUUCAAUUCCCUGAGCAUGUGCAAGGUUACUGAUGGGGGAACUAUUAAGCAGAAGAUUUUUACGUACGAUGCUAUGUUCAACACCAAUUACUCCCAUAUGGAGGAUUACCGCAGGCGAGAAGAUCUGGUAUAUCAGUCAACAGUCCGGCUUCCAGAGGUUCGGCUCUCUGACAGCGGACCUUAUGAAUGCCAUGUAGGAAUCUAUGACCGAGCAACGCGGGAGAAAGUCGUCCUGGCAUCAGGGAAUGUCAUUCUUACAGUCAUGUCUCCACCAAACAACAUCUCAGUAGUGGCCGAGAACACCCCAGCACCAUUCAGCCGGUACCAGGCCCAAAAUCUCACUCUGAUCUGCAAUGCCAAAGGAGGCAAACCGGCCCCAAUGAUACAAUUUAAGCGGGAUGGAGAGUUAAUAGAGGUGAUCUCCUACGUUUCUCCCACUGUGGGUUACGAGGGCGGUGGCUCUGCAGGGGUGCGUGGAGCCAGACCUCUGAUCAGCAGGGACCUGGACGACACUAAAAUGCGGAAGUCACUUUCUCUGCUGGGUCCGGAUGGUAGGCCCGGACGUCUCCAUACUGAGAGCCCUGGUCGGAGCUACAUGGCCAGGCAGCCUGGUUAUGAGCCCAGCCCGGCCACAGAGACCAUCCCGGAGACGGUGGUCAGCCGGGAGUUCCCCCGCUGGGUUCAGAGCACAGACCCCCUGUACUACUUCAGCAACACGCACAUCCCCCAGAGCGACGGGUCUGUGAUGGUUCAAGCAAAGCUUACAUGGACCCUGAAUCCGCAGCUGGACAACGACGCCCUGUUUAGUUGCGAGGUCACGCACCCAGCUCUAUCCAUGCCUAUGCAGACUGAGGUUACACUGGCGGCUCCUAAAGGCCCCAAGCUCGUGAUAACCCCUGAAAGGGCAAAGGUAGGGGAUACGGUGCGCAUCACCGUCCAAGGUUUCCAGGUAGGAUCUCCAGGGAAUGAGGUGUUUCCAGAGCCUCUGUACACCUGGACGCGGAUAGGUGGGAGACUGCUGGAUGGUAGUGAGGAGAGAGAUGGGAAGGAACUGGUGCUGGAGAGAGUGCCUGCUGAACUCAAUGGCUCCAUGUACCGUUGCACGGCCCAGAAUCCACUGGGCUCUACUGAUACACAUACACGCCUCAUUGUGUUUGAAAACCCAAGUAUGAUGAAAAACACACAGAAUCCCAACAACGGAGCUGCCGGUUUGCACACGUAUGGACUGAUAUGCCUGCCACUUAUUCUCACAGUGACUUUUAAGCUGACGUGAAUAUCCUCAGUUCAGCCACACAUAAACACACCUCCUCUCCAGGCAGGCGCACACACUCCAAACACACACAAACACAAGCCUUCUCCAGCCCGUGAAUAAACCUACCUUGCUUUCAUCUGUGGGAGAACCUGAGCCUUCAACAGGGGGCGCACCACCCUUUUCUUUUGUGAACACAUCCAAAAAAAAUCAAAAUGGAAAUUAUAAUAAUAUUGCUGAUUAAAUAAUGAUUACACGUGAAAAUAUGUGAACAUGAGAACAAGAAUCUGCCCUUUCACACAGACGCGCUUUUUGUUUGGUUUUUGCCUGUCAAUCAUGUCAUUCAGAAAGAGGGAAAGGAGAAGAGCUUGGUGUUCAAGAUAAACAAAUUUCUCAUGCACUGGGCUGUGGAAAAAAGACACUGAGAAAUUGUUGGUUUCUGACAACGCUGACUGUCACUUCAACUCCGACCAGUCUUAUUCAAGCUGCCUCCGUUGAAUCCUGCACACUGGCACGAACAGGACACAAAACCUCCUUUUUAAGGACCACGUUUUUCGCCAUUUGUGUUUUCGGAUCACAGUAUUUUUCCCCUUUUAUUUUCUUGAAUGGCUCUUGACUGGAAUGUAACAAAAAAAAAUACAACGCGAAACGUCCUGUGACAUUUUAUUGCAAAGAAAUGGAAGAUCCUCUUUUUAAGUGUAUUUUGUGUACAUCCCUGUAAAUAAUGAAAAGUAUAUUACAGAAAAGAUCAAAUCAAUAGAGGUUUGGGGGUCAGGAUUUGGGGGAAAGAUGCAAGGGGGGUAAGCACCUAAUGGCUUUAUUGCGCGUGUCUGGUCAUCCCCAGUGGCCAUCACCCGAAAAUCCAACCCAGGCUUUUAGAAAGCAGUGAAAUCAGUGGCCUUUUUAAGUUCUGAUUUCUUGUGUUCAGUAUCUAUGACAUACUGUAUGUGUGACUGUGUUCAAUCACAGAGGAAAGAGGGCGACCUUUCUCCAGUGGUGGUGCAUGUGACAUUUGAAGAUGAUUUCCCCUCUCAUCUGUUUGUUGCCUACCUGUACUUAAGUUCUUGUCGCAUAUUCAGUGACCUGCAUCGUGUACAGUCCUUAUCUCUAAUCUAACAGUUACUGCUAGGAUCAUGUUAGAUGCCAUUAACCCCCCCCCCCAAAGGAAGCUCAAGUGAGUACAAGUGUAAACAGGGUUGUUGCAUUUGUUUCAUAUCACCUGUAUUA